AUGAAUACACGAGUUGUGACCUCUGUUCUGAUUGGCAUUGCUAUCCUACUUACCACUAUUGGCGUUGCGACAAAUAAUUGGAGUGGAGGAAAUCUCCUCAAUCAAAAUGGCCAUAACUCCGAGACUGCUUUAGGUGUUGGUUGCUUGCUAAUUGUGGGAGCUGUUUUUCUAUGUAUCGCGCUGAUUAUUAAUGUCACGCAGGUCCUUAAAAAUAACGAAUCUUUUGGCCCCUGUUUGGCCUUUUUCAUUACUCUCUACCUGGGAGUUGCGUGUCUUCUAGUUGCAGUUAUUAUCUACACGCAGAUCUUUUCGAAACAAUGGUCUUAUUUUAUCUCUGUGGUUGGGUGCGUCUUUGCACUACAGGUCGCUAUUCUGGUGCCGACUUACACUCGAUGCACAACCAAGUCUACUCGCACGCGUCGAACUGUUCGUGCGACUCGUUAG